UUGUGUGUCUUUUUCUACAUAGACUUGAACUGGUCCCCCCUAUAGUCCAAUUUUUCAUUUUUACACAUACAGUACGGUACAAUCUGCAGUUUUGGUUAUAAAAUGAUUUUAAACCCACAGAACAACUUUUGCUGUGCUAGAAGUUCAGCAGCAGAAAGAAGACCUGUCAUUUCUGCACAGAAGGUUUCUACAGGAUCCAGCUGCCUGACAGACGUGGGACAUCCUUCAUUACAGUGCUGGUGAUGAUCAGGGCGAUGAUGAUGUGCCUAUGAGAAGAGUGCUGGAUACAGAGAGAGAAGACUGGCUCCUCUCCUUCCCCUCCACCACCCACAGAGCCGGUAGAGGAGGAGUCUUUAGCAGCCCAGUGCUGAGUUCAGAUUCCUGCAACUAGCUGGCUAAACCUCCACAGCCUGAGGAGGAGGAAGAAGCAGAGAGCUUUCCCAGCCUGAACAAGAUCACACGUCCAAUUGUUCCUGCUUGGAGGUAAGAAAUCUACAUAAAGACUUUGUACCCUCUGCCUUCAGGAAUCACUAGGAAGCAAUCACUAUCCCUCCAAGAGAGAGACAUCCGAGAAGAGAAAGAGAGGGACCCGUCCUCUGCUGGUUUGGAGCUUGCGGGUCUUCUCCUCCUACCCCUGGAGAUGCUCCAAAGACUAUUCCUCUCUUUGGUAAAUUCUUGGGGCAUCCAUUCCCAAAGGAGGGCCGGACACCCCAAUCGCAGGUACAUAGUUGAUGGCCGAUAAAACACUUGAAUUUUGAAGGUUGAGUUUUCUUUGAAACUAGAGAAAAUUCCUUCGUACCCUCCUCCUCCUGUAAUCCUUAAAAUCCCAUCUGCUUUCUCUUAUCCCAAAACACUUGGAGAAAUUCCUGCCUUGUGGGAUCACUCAUGGCUUUCUUGACCAAGAAAAAGAAGUUUAAGUUCCAGACCAUCUUUACCCUGGAGGAGCUGACAGCCGUCCCCUUUGUCAACGGGGUUCUGUUUUGUAAGGUCAGGCUGCUGGACGGAGGAGAUUUUGUCAGCCAGUCUAGCAGGGAGGAAGUACAGGAAAACUGUGUUCGCUGGACGAAGAAACUGAACUUUGUCUGUAAAAUGAGUGCCAACCCUGCCACUGGUGUGCUGGACCCCUGCACCUGUAGAGUCUCCGUCCGGAAGGAACUGAAGGGUGGAAAAGCGUUUUCAAAGCUGGGCUUUGCUGACCUGAACCUGGCUGAGUUUGCGGGUUCUGGAUCCACAGUACGCUGCUGCCUUCUGGAAGGAUAUGACACACGAAAUACUAGACAGGACAACUCUAUCCUAAAGGUAACCAUUGGAAUGUCCCUCUUGUCUGGAGACCCCUGCUUCAAGACACCUCCAUCCACCGCCAAAUCUGUCUCUGCUCCCGGACAGGAUUCCUCGCUGCAGAUGACCUGUAAGGGUGAGGGGACAGUGCGUUCUGCAAGCGGCACAAUGCGUCAGAACAAGAGCCGGCAAGCUUUGCUCAGUUCAGGGGUCUUUGAAGAAGCUGACCAGAAUCUCUCAAGCCCUGAGGAGACGUCCCAUUCAGGUCACUCGCGGAACUCCAGCCAGGCCAGCCAGCAGUCCAAAGUCUCCGGACAAAGCUCUGAACACUCCCGCUGCUCCAGUAUGUCAGACCUGACUCACAGGCGCAACACAUCCACCAGCAGCAGCGCCUCCGGGGGAAUCAUCAUUACGGCAGACUUACCUGAAGGAGACAAGGAAACCAAACCAGAGAAGCCUCUAAGGCCAAUCAGACCACCCCUCCUAGACAGACAGUCCAGGAGAAAGAAGGACUCUGUGGAGAGUCACCCCACUUGGGUGGAUGAUACCAGAAUUGAUGCUGAUGCGAUUGUGGAGAAGAUCAUGCAGAGUCAGGACUUCACUGACGUCAGUAACAAUGAAGACAGUCACCUGAGGCUCUUUGUCAGCAGAGACGGAUCAACCACACUCAGUGGAAUCCAAAUGGCUAACAGAGUCUCUGCUGGGGUGUUUGAGCCCGUUGUGAUUGAGAUUCAUUAAAUCCAAGAGAGGCUGCGUGUCCAGUCGGAUCUCCCAGGCUCCAAGCCAAGCUCUGCAUUCCAAGUUGAAAAGCUGGGACCUUCCCCUUACGAGGGGUGGGUGAGACACUUAGGGCUGGAAGCCCUCAUCAGACUCUCUCCUGGUCCCCCCUCUUCUAUUUCUGUUCCAUCCUGGCACUUGUCGUGUGCACAUAUCCAGCGUAUUUGAGCUCCUCAAUGUGUGACAGUGUUUUCGUCUGCUUCUAAUCAGAGAGGAUCGAACAAGGCAUCUGGCCAGAAGAGCCCAGACUCUCGGCAAUUCCAGCUUCUGCUCACAGCUCUUUUGUAGAACAGACCAAAUGUUCCAGCAGGAGAAAGGCAGAGACAAAGCAUUGUCCUACUGAGUGACAACUGCAGCCAUUUUUCUUCUGUUCCCUCCUUACCUGUCUUUUCCAGCCUUUGCAUGCUCAGUAGGCCAUCUUGGCUCAUUAGGCUCUCACCUUGAGCAGUUUGGGGCUCUACAUCUGACGUGAGGUUGCAGUUCAGCAAAGUACAGUAAAUGCCAAAAUGUAAUUAUACUGUGACAACAAACAUUUGUGUCAUUUUCAGAUCCCUUAAUUAUGGAAGCUGUGUUAUGAUUGGUUGCUACAGACUGCAACACGUGUGUAUACUAACUGAUGUUGCUGAAGCUAUUUAGAAAGAAAUACCGCACAUAUGUGAGGGAGGGGUAUUGAUGACUUCAUGCAGAUACUUUGUUUUCCUAGUAAAGCCAACUGUUGCAACUCGCACAGGUCACCUAUCGACAACCCUUUCCACAGAACUAUACUCAUGCUGUUUUAUAAUUAGUUAUUUCCCUCGUCGGCUUCAGCUGAACUCGCACGGUUUCAAACCUGCAUUUCAGUGCGAGUUCAGGGGGGCUAUUUGAAAGACAUCUGUGCAGGUUCACAGAUGUCUAUUGAAAUCACCCCUUAAGUUUCCAAAAGUAGUGUAGGAACUACUUUUUGGAAAUCGGUGCCGCGCGGCAAAGUCGGCAUCGCAUCGAUUGGGACAGUGCCGUGGCCGGCAAUAGGCUGUGAUUUGACAUGUCAAAUCGCUCCAAAGUGAACGGGGGCUUUAGGUGAUUUAAAACACCUGACAGGCAUCUGAUGUAACCAAUCACAACACUAUAAAAAUACAAAUCAUGUCACUGCAAUUAUGAACACAUUUGUCACUGGAUGACACCUGAUAAAUCUGUUGACGUCAAUUAUGAUAUGCUGAAUUGCAGCCUGAUAGAAGAUGUAGUUUGCCUUUUUUACUCGAUUUGUUCCUCCUUCUCACACGGUACCAUUCUUGUUUCCUGUAACGUAAAAGAUACAUGACUUUUGGGUUAUUCUCUAAGCUUCCCUAAAGGAAGAAGUCAGUGCAGAACAGAGGCUUGUCCCUAUAAAAGGUUAUGAAAGCAGCUGGACUGUUCCAAAAGUGCCCCCUGGUUGGGGCCAUAAGAUGCAGCUGGACUGUAGACACCCGCUGGAAGGGGUCCUGUGACACAGCAGGUCUGUAUUGAACCCUUAAGGACUCCGCAGGUAGGAGUCACAAAGCACAGCUGAGCUGUGAAUAUCCUUAAGGAAUUACAUGUUACACAGCAGGACUGUGACAUAAGGUUUUAGGGAAGCACCUCAUGGGAGGCACAGCUGGAUGGUGCGUCCCAGAAGUGUGGCCCUCAUGUCUGGUCAGAUAGUGAGGGUCCACUUUUUUGUCUGUACUGGAGUCUUUCUUUAAGACAUUCCAUAACACGAGAAGCCCAAGAGACAGUUGCCACCAGGGGUUAGCUGUGCUGGCCACAGCUCCUGUCUCUGCGCCUGGAUCCAGCCCUGUUCAGUCCCGGCUCCAACGCACUCACUGUCGCACAGCAAAGUCUGCACAACAAUUUCAGAAAGCCAGCAGGCUGGUGUUUCAUUUCAUUCCUGUGUCUAAUCUAGAUUGUCAAUGUGAAUUCCUUUUUUUUUUUUUUUUUGUUUUGUGGAGUCAUCUGGUGCUCAGGGCUGUUUGUUUUAUGUUUUUGUAUAUGGAGAGCUGCAGGGGCUCUUCUGGUGCAGGCUGUGUACACAACAGUUCUUGCUUUCAUGGUGGUUGUGUGUCCAACACCUGUCUGUACUCCACUAAUAAUGUAACCUUAAGGAAUAAUAGAUACCCAUCUUGGUGGACCUUUCAGCAGCAGUUACAUUGCUAUAUUGCUGUAUAUUCAUGCUUAAGGCCCAACUCCAGCCAAAAUCUUUUUUGUUGUUUUUGGGUAGAUAAGGAAGAGCCACUGUGAAGUUUUUUUAUUUUUAUUAUUGCUGUCUGUGUCACCAUGUACAAGUUCCCCUCAUUCCUGUGUCACAAGUGCAGGGAGGGAUGGCAAUUCUCUCACAGUUGAGAAGUAAAAGAAGCUCUUCAUUUUUUUUUUCUUUGUUGCCUAGUUACACCUGUUCCCGUAUUAUGUGUACCAGUGUCACAGGGAUAGGAAAUGAUGGAAAUCAUCAUAAUGGUGUCAGGCAGCAAUGAAAAAAAAGCCCUAGAGUACUUUGAACUAUUUGCUCAUUUAACAAAACUAAAAAGAUUGUGGCAGGAUUAGGUCUUUAAUCUAAUUUGAGAGAAUACAAGAAGAAGUAAAAUCUUCCCUUUGUAUAAUAUUGUAUGAGCUGCGUUCACUAAAUGCUGUACAUACACAAUGCUUUAGCUGGCCAUACACAGAAUCACGUUUGUAGAUUUGAUCAUCUUUAGAAAUCUUUAUAUGUUAUGUAUUUAAACAUUAAGGCCAUCAGAGCAGUCUAGUGACCUUGAUUCUCACUUUUCCUUCUAUUGGAGGUUUCACAGAAAUGACUGCCACAAACUAGACAGCAAGUGAUUCCAUGGAACUUAAACUGGCCAUACACAUUAUUAUUUUGGACGGAUUCUUCCAUCCAUACUCCACAGUGCGGAUAGGUGACUCUCCCGCUGUGUAUUUUGCCAGGCUCUCUGUCUUGUCUGUGGUAGUCCUUUCCUAAUAGAAGGAAAAGUGAGAAGCUCUGAUGGCCCUGAUAUUUAAAUACAGGGUUUAAUGUCAAAGCUUAAAUUGAUCCAUCUUUCCUGUGUAUGGCCAGCAUGGAUGUACCACAAACUGCACAAACUGUUGUACACAAAGCUUUAUCGACUCAACAUACGAGGUGUCACUCAUCACCUCAGGAGUAAUCACAUUUGUCUUUGAAAUAUCCCUCCAAACCAGCCACCUAUACCACUACCUGCUUACUUGUGAAUGAGUUCUCUCUUCGUAAUAUAAUAGAAAAGGAACUUUGCACAGCUGCUGUACUGCUGUUCCAGUUCCGAAUAAAUGACCACUUUUCUUUGGGGCACUUUAAUGAUCGAUGGAGUUGGUGCAGGGAAUUUAAAUGUUUGUAUUGUUAAAGUUGUUGUUUUUUUUUUUUCUUCAGAGCAUCGAAAUUCUUCAAAGUAACUUUACAAAAUAAUUCUAUGUCAAUCUAAGAAGCAUGUAAUACGUAUCUUCUGUUUUCCUAACCAUUUGCAAUACCUCUGUUUAUCUGAAUCCUAAGCACUUGAGGGGUGAAUUGACUAACCAUCAUUUUCCCAUACUACUAAAGUCCUUUGUGUUUGACAAGAGAUUCAUGUUCAGAUUUCUUUUUGGAUUAUAUACUGAUGUACAAGCGUAAUUAGUCAAACUCAUUGGCGUUAAAAAUAGCAUAAUUACCUGGGUGUGGAUGCUGGGAGGUUUCUUGGCGAUGGAGAGGUUGCACAAUAGCUAAUCUUUGGGAUAGCCAGUUUAUGGCUUUACGAAUAGAUUAUACUGCUAUUGGACUACAUUUCCCAGCAUGCUCUUUGGAAGGGGCGUGGUUUUGAGUUCUUCAGGCCCAUCCUUAUGGUUAUUGUGCUACGAUUGUCAGCACACUUUGGCUGGAAAUGUAGGUCACAAGCAGCUGAGGUGCCAAAGGUUUUCUGUAUUUGUUUAUUUGUUGUGGGCGCUUGUUACAAGAGCCACAGGCAGUGCAACUAAACUGCUUUUCAACAUGGAGGCAUCACUGAGGUAUGAAGGGAAAUGUGUUUUAAGACCUCAGUGGUGUCCAGUUUUUCCCAGCAGUUUUGUAGGCUGGGGAGGAAUAUUUAUUGAGAAUAUAAAGUUGACACCUUUUUGAAGGUGACAGGCCCACGUUACAACCUCUCAGAUUAGUGCUAUUGUGGCUGUAAUAGUCUCAGGACUUUCCAACCAGAUCACAAGUGUUAAGCCAGAACCAAAAUUUGCACAAAGUGGAUGCUUCAGAAUUUAUACAGUAAAGAGGUGUACUGUACAACGUUCUAGGACAAUACAUACAGGGGUAUGGAGAACAUUUACUGUACAAGGAUUUUUUAUCCUUCCCUUGCUUUCCCUUUAAAAGAACCUGCCACUUUCCCAUCUGUUCCCUUGUUUGAGCCCUCAGAAACAUUAUUUAUCAUUUGUGUUACCUAAAUAUAGACAGAUUGAGCCUCUGUUAUGUGUACAUCCAGCUCUGUGACCUGUCCAAGGUUUAGAAAGUUAAAAUAUGUUUGCCUGAGGGUGGUGAGCAGUGCUGGCACAGUCUGACCACCCUCCAGCAUCUGUUCUGGUCUCCAUAUCAUGACCAUUGUCAUGGCCUGGGAAGCAGGGCAGGAGAGGUGCACUGCUGACACUACUACUGUCAUCUGAUCAGGGGGGGGGGACAAUGGCAGUCAAAAAAGAUUUUCUAAUCCGUCCCAAACAGUGUUACCCUUCAGCCAGUGGUGUCUGAAGUCAACUUACAGAUAUUACAUGGUUUUCUAAAACUAGCCAGUUUGGGAAACCCAUUUAACCUCUGAGAACCUUAAAAGAGAAGUUUGGUAUUUAAAAAAAACAAACAAACCUUUAUACUCACCUAGGUAGAUGCACCCCCCCCCCCACCAGCUCUACAGUAAGAACUGAGCAAUCAAACACCACUGAUCGUUCAGUUCUCCCCAUCCACUCUUAGCAGAGAGCCAUGACUGUCAGUCUGUGGGUUUCUGCUCUGCCCUUCCAGGGCACACUGGAGCUGGGGGGGGUGCAGGAGGGGCUGGCUCAGGCUCUUGGUGGAACCAUAUGGUUGGGAUCUUUCCCGAGCCUGGACUGGCUGAGUGAUGUCAGCCGAAAACAGUCUUUAGCCUGCUGUCUGCUAAAAACAGGUCACAGGAGUGCAAAACGAACUGCACACCUGUGCUCCAUAGGAAAAAUAUGGCCAAAAAAACCUCUGGCUAUACUUAUUCUUCAAGGCAGGCUAAUGAUAUUGGAGGGAUAGAUGGACAUGCAAACCUGACCACACAGGCCGCUAAAUGUGUAUAACAUUGAAUCACUUGUGUGCAUGGGAGGCGCUGUAUAAAGCCUUGUACACACAAUCAGAUUUUUCCGACAACAAAUGUGCGAUGGCAGGUAGGGCUGCAACUUACAAUUAUUUUCAUAAUCGAUUAGUUGGCCGAUUAUUGUUUAGAUUAAUCGGAUAAUAGCCUUAAAAAAAAAAA